GUAAAUAUGAAGUUGUGUUACGCAUGCUGUGUGCUUUACAAUUGAGACGGUGCUUGUGAGAAAGAUGCGUUUAGAAUGUGUUUAAUUAAUUGAAAAUAAAACAUAAUGAAGAUGUAAAUCUAGUUAAAAUAAAAAAAAUAGCUGUCCGUGCAUUGGGAUAAGGGCAGGAACUCCAAAUGGGCUCCGAUACACAAUGGCCAACCGCUGAAGGUCAUAUAUACCAGUCUGAAGUGUGGAUCGUCAUCCCUGCCAUUGCUGUGAAUACAAAGAUAAGUGAUAUCAUUUUUAAAGGUCAAAGAUGACGUAAGACAGGUACGCUUAAAGAGAUAAUUGUGAUGCGAGAUUGUCGUUGAUUUUCUUUGGUAAGCACUAAUGCUGUUGGUAUGCAGACAGACAACACUGCCCAUUCGACUUGAUUUAUAGAGCUAGGACGUUUUAGCAUCGUUGAGGCUUAAACUCGGGCAAGGCUCCUCAGUUUACAGCGAGGGACACACUUUUUUGCCCGCAAGCGUAAACACACUGACGGGGGUCGAUGGUGCGAAAGCGAGUCCGAGUCAGCGUAAACAGUGUUAAACGCCUUAGCUCUAAAAAUCAAGUCUAAUCGAUAGCGUGUUCGUUCCGUUUUCCAACAGCAAUACUGUUUACCAAAGGCAGUAAGUAAGAUCUUGCGUCAUCUUAUCUCUUUUUUUCUGUGCAGCAGUAUAACGUAAACUCUGAUCUUUUGUUGCAAAUGGACGUAUUCAAAUUUACCUAUAUAUGCUAAUACGUGUUUAUGUUAUUUAUCUGCAACUAAUUUGGAGAAAAAUAUAGCACAUGGUCAUUUGUAACAUUUUUUAACUUUAAUCAAUAUAUUUUGACAAAAAAACUUGCGUCGUAUUCUUUGUCUGUAUCCAAUAUACGUCGUGGUGGUAUCUCUAACAUAUGUUUGUUCAAUAGCUGUCCGUGCAUUGGGAUACUGGCAGGAACUCCAAAUGGGCUCCGAUACACCAUGGCCAACCGCUGAAGGUCAUACAUAUCAGUCUGAAGUGUGGAUCGUCAUCCCUGCCAUUGGAGUAAAUACAAAGAUAAGUGAUAUCAAAAUUAAAGGCCAAUCAUGACGUUAGACAGCUAUGCUUAAAGAGAUAAUUGUGAUAUGCGAUUGUCCUCGACUUUCUUUGGUAAACACUAGUGCUGUUGGUAUGCAGACAGACAACACUGUCCAUUCGACUUGAUUUAUAGAGCUAGGACGUUUUAACAUCGAAGGCUUAAACUCGGGCAAGGCUCCUCAGUUUACAGCGAGGGACACACUUUUUUGCCCGCAAGCGUAAACACACUGACGUGGGUCGAUGGUGCGAAAGCGAGUCCGAGUCAGCGUAAAAAGUGUUAAAACGCCUUAGCUCUGAAAACCAAGUCUAAUCAAUAGCGUGUUCGUUCUGUUUUCCAACAGCAAUACUGUUUACCAAAGGCAGUAAGUAAGGUCUUGCAUCAUUUUAUCUCUAUUUUCAUUGCAGCAGUAUAGCGUUAACUCUGAUCUUUUUGUGCAAAUGGACGUAUCCUAUUUUUUCUAUACAUGCUAAUACGUGUUUAUGUUAUUUAUCUGUUUUCUUCUUUUAUUUGUUUUGUUUAGCUGUACACUUGACGUAAUCUUGUCAUCGCAAGAAACAUGUAAAUAAUGUUAACACGUAAAGACCACAAAUAAUGUUGGGAGAACUUUAAAUCCUAACAUUUUUCAUGUAAGUGAUUUCGCUAUAAAGCUGUGAUAUGUAUAUAUGUCAUUUAUACAUCCUUUAAUGGACAUAUUGACAGCAAAUGCAGAAUCAUGUUUUCAAAUGAUCAUUUAGUUGGCAUUUAUCUUAAGUAAUUGAUUAAAUCAUAUAUCUCGUUUUGUAAUUAUGACAAAACAUAUUUUCUUUCAUAAUAGUCAAACUUCGUUCAACCUUACACUUUGUGGGAACGGGAUAUUGUUGGUAUUGUUCAUGUAUUACGUAGAGAGAAUACAGUACUGUUUUUGCGCGUAAACUGCACGCUUUUAUAGUUUUUGCAUUUAUAUUAGGUGUAAAUACAUUGAUCUGCUUUUUGAUAUGUGUAUUCGGUGGGGUAAGAUAUGGAGGAGGAGAAAAAAAGCGCUUAUUGUUGAUUUUCAAUAAAGUAGCAAUUAAUGUAUUUUAAGGUCAGUCUCCAGUUCGUGUCAGAUCCGGUUCAAUUGCUGGAGAAGUAUGGCGCAACGUUUACGGAUGCAAUGAAGAUUCCUUAAUUUAGCCGUUCCGUGGAGGCUGAACAUCGUUGCAUAUUAAAGAAAUUGUAGCGACUGAAUAAUAUAUUUUUUUAUUUAUGUAUAAGAAACCCCUUUACAUACAAACACACAUGCCUUAUUUGUCCAUGUAUAAUUACUAUUUAUAAGAAAUUACAUUUUGUUAAAUAAACAAGGAAAAAAACGAUUUGCAAGAUGAUGAUGAUUGCGAUGGUGGUUGUGGAAAUGGUGAUGGUGCUGUUGAUUGUGGUUAUUGUGGUGGUGGUGGUGAUGGUCGUGAUGGUGGUUUUGGGUUAAUAGUGAUGAUGGCGGUUAUGAUGGGGAUGAAUGUGAUGGUGGUGGUGAUGAUGGUGUUGAUGGUGUUUGUGAUGGUUGUGGUAAUAGUUCUGAAGGCGUUGGUGAUGGUGUUGGUGGGGAGGAUGAUGGUGGUGGUGGUUAUGGUGGUGGUGAUGAUGAUGGUGUUGGUGAUGGUUACGGUGGUGAUGGUAGUAAUGGUUAAAGUGAUCGUGGUCUUGAUAAUGAUGGUAAUGGUUAUGAUGGUGGUGAAGGGGGCGAUGAUGGUGGUGAUGGUGGUGGAAGUGGUGAGGGGUCAUAGUUGUGGUGUGAUGGUGGUAAUGUUGGUGUUGGUGGUGGUGCUUGAGAUGGUGCAGGUGAUGGUGGAAAUGGUGGUGAUGGUGGAGAUUAUUUGUCAUGUUGUUGCUGAUUGUUGGAUGGCUCUGGUGGUGGUGGUGAUGGUGAUGGCCCAUGUGGCGUAUGUGCGCUUGCGUAGGGGCGGUGGGCUCUACACACUGGGAACUGAGACAAGACGCAAUUGCUUUUUACGACUGACGGACGCGAACAACUUGACUAACCCCUCCACUUCCGCUCCAGACAAAUACUAGUACACAGCACCCACAUACAAUAUACUCAACAUAAGCCACCAGAGAUCACCAUCAUGUCUACGAGGGCACAUAAAGGUCUCAUUGGCCACCGUGCACUGGUCUAUUUGGAUCUAAAAAAUUAUUUGGCGAAUAACCGGACGGCCGGGGUUAAUUUGACCUAAUUUGGCUCCAAAUUAAAUAUUUUCCCAUGUAAGGUUACAGGGGCAGGUCGGUACAUAGAUGUCGCUAAGACAAAGCGACGACCUGUAAAUCAAUGUCUGAUAUGAAAGAGAGAGAUUGCUUCUGAAACAACGUUAUGAUGUUAAUAUGUAUCAAAUAUGUUAAUUUGAUUAUGAUUAUAUUAAAUUAGUGAUUAUAA